AUGCCGGAAGAUGAGCAGAUUCUGGAAGACGCAGGGAUGCUGGAAGAUGCAGAGAUGCUGGAAGAUUCAGGGAUGCCGGAAGAUGCAGAGAUGCCAGAAGACGCAGAGAUGCCGGAAGAUGCAGAGAUGCCGGAAGAUGCAGAGAUGCCAGAAGAUGCAGAGAUGCUGGAAGGCGAGCAGAUGCUGGAAGCCCUGGAGAUGCUGGAAGCCCUGGAAAUGUAGGAAGACAAGGAUUUUCGGGAAGACGUGGCUUAGUUGGAAGACGUUGAUGUUCUGGAAGACGUGGAUUUUCCGGAAGACGUAAAUUUGUUGGAAGACGUAGGUAGGCUGGAAGACAUGAAUUUGAUGGAAGACACACAGCUUUGUUGGAAGACAAGGAUUUGCUGGAAGACGUGGAUUCUGGAAGCCAUGGAUUUUCAGGAAGACAUGGAUUUUCUGGAAGACUUGAGGUCAUUGGAAGACAUGGAUUUCCUGGAAGACAUGUUUUUUCUGGAAGACGUGGAUUUUCAGGAAGACCCGAAUUGUCCGGAAGACCUGGAUUUUUUUGUGGAAGACGUAGAUUUGCUGGAAGACUGGAGGUUACUGGAAGACAUGGAUUUUCCGGAAGACGUGGAUCUCUAGGAAGACAUAUAUUUGUUGGAAGACCUGGAUUUAGUGGAAGACAUAAAUUUUCUGGAAGACGUGGCUUUAUUGGAAGACCUGGAUAUAUUUAGUGGAAGACAUAAAUUUUGUCUGGAAGACGCGGACUGA